AGCACGCAGCAGUCGCAGAUGCAGCGCCAUCAGGCAACAGUUUGAGGACGAGGCGCUGCGCUCACAGUGUCCAUGUCCAUGUUCGUGUCUGUGGCUGUGUAUGUGUAUGUGCCUGUGUCUGUGUCUGUUACUGUGUCCUCAUACUCGUUCGCCGCUCGUUUCUGUUCGCUUCGUUCGUUUCGUUGCACUCGUCGCAGUCGAUUCGAAUUUUGAUAGUUUGAAAUCAGUCGUUGCCGACUUGUUGUGCCAUUUGCAUAUUAUCAACAUCAGCGAUCGAAGCACCGCAAGCCAUAUCUGAAUAAAUAAUGAUAUACAAGUAAAGCAGUACAUUCAAAGAAAUCUUUAUAAAGAAACGCAUAAAAUAUUAAGUGGCUACUUAAAGUGCAUAAUUAACACAAUAUUGGAAAUUAAUAAACUGUCGCGCAUUGCACGAGUGAAAUUUUAAUUGCAAUUCGAAAUUUGACGUUCUCGCAUUCAAUGCUAAUUGUUAACCGAUUUUCCCGUCGCACCUGCUAACUGGCAAAGCCUGUGGACUGGCAAGGAAAAGGAAUAAUUUCAGUUGCUGUGCUGAGAAUUUCAUCAGCUGUUCCGCAUCGCCAGCAGCAACAAUACUACGACUGUUGACUUGGGCCUAAUAAAAAUGCAAUUGUUAUGGUUCGGAAAAUAGAGCGUGGCCCACUGCAUUGGAUGUUGAACAGAACCCAAAUCAAAAUGAGCUUUGGAAAAUGUGCCAGCGCCGGCAGCAGCAACUACAACAACAACAGCAACAACAACAAUAGCCGAUUAUGAUGUAAUGAGAGCGAAGCAAAAGUGAAGCAGCGCUCGCCAAUUGCAAUUGCAAAAAGAUUAUACAAUUUGUGAGCUUGCAACGAACUAGGACAACAGCAACAGCAGUAGCCGCAGACAGACUCUAAGAGCUGAUAAAUACCGGCUGGCAACAGCAGCAAUGCAGUCUGCAGCUGCAGCAGCAGCAACAACAGCAGCACCAACAGCAACAGAGAAGGCAGCAUAAAUUCAAAGUCGCUGCGGUAUUAAUUGAGCGGCAGCGUGGGAACUACAAAUCACAGCAGCAACAGCGGCAGCAGCAACAACAACAAUCACAAGGAGAAUAGCGACAGCAAAUUGCCGCUCAGCACGCUCACUGCUCUCACAGCGCUCCGAGCACCGCAGCAACUGUUGCUGGCGCUCAGCUGAGAGCGCUCGCUGCCCAUAUAUAUUUUGAGGCGUUGCGGUCGACGCACACGACAGUUGUGCUUGAAACGCUUCGUAGUGAAGAUCGUGCUCGAUCAACGCGCGGAAAAAGAAACGAAAUCAGAAACAUAUACAAAUUCAGCAAGAAAUUACAAUUUGUUUAAACAAAAAUACAAAAUCAAAGUAAACGCCAGAGAUCCAAAGAAAUUGGAUUUGCAUGUACGAAAAAACGAAAAAGAAAUUUUUUUUAGAAAUUUUUGUUCAAUAUCGACGACGAGCUUCGCGCGUAAAUUAGCAAGCGUUUGCAAGAAACAAGCUACAAUAAAUUGGAAAACAAAAAAGAGGAAGAAGAAGAAGAAGAGUGCAACGUGUAAACCAAGUGAAAUUUUUGUUGGUGCAUGUGUCUCAAAAAGUCACAAGAAACGCACAGAAAUAAAAUGCAAGAAGUGACUCUCAAACUGUAAAGUGAUGUGCGUGCCACAAAUACAAAAGCACCAACAACAACAACAACAACAAAUAAAACAGCUAAUAGAAAAAGUAAAACAACAGACAGAAGUGUUACUAAUCGACGAGCAACAACAAUUGUUGGUAGCAUAAAGAAAUGGCCAUUGAUUUCCUCAUCUUGGCCCUGCUGCUCAUCUCGUUCGUCAUCAAUCUGCUGGCGCUGUGCGCAUUCUGGAUAACGCCGGGACUGCGCACCACAGCGAAUCGCUUCACCAUCAAUCUGCUGAUCAUCAACCUGAUUGGCUGCUGCAUUCUGGCACCGACUCUGUUCCUCAGCGGAAUCAAAAGCUUCUCCGGGCAGGAGCAACAGCUGGUUGGCCGCAAUGCGGCCGGCGACAGCAUUGAGUUCUACUCGAAGCCGGGCAAUCAUCAGCUAACCAUUCGCCGUCAUGGCCAACUCGUGGAGCAGGACGGCAUUGUGGUGCGCCGCAACAUCACCAGCACCAACAGCAGCAACGACAGCUCCGGCGAUACCAUAGAGAUGAUCUACAAGUGCAAUGCCACGUAUUGCCGCGAGCUGACCAUCGAUGAGCGUGGAGAUGGCGGCAUCGUCAUCACGGAGACGGAGACUCAGGAGGAUAAUCUGAGUGUGCCGGUGCACAGCAGCUUCUCGCUGCCAGUGGUGCAGCUGCGUUGCUGGUCCAUCGACAUGACCGCCGCACUGGGCGCCCUGGCGGUGCUGCUGGUGGUCGGCGAUACCUGGUGCGCGGUGACCGAUCCGCUGCGCUAUCACAGUCGCAUCUCGGGCGUCAAGACCUGGGUGUUCAUCACGCUCACCUGGGCGGUGGGCAUACUGUUCGGUGCGCUGUCCGCGUUUCGUGUGCUCGACUUCGAGGCGGACACGCUGCUCAGCAGGCAUCGUCGCCUGGCUGCCACCUACUUCAAGAUUAGCAGCACGAACAGCAUCUUCGGCGUAAUCUAUGCCUGUGUGUACUUCAUCGUGAUCAUCCUGCUGCCCUUCGGCUUUGUCUGCGGCAUGUACUGGCGCAUCUUCAGCGAGGCGCGCGGCAAUGGGCUGCGCAUGAGGCAGAACGGCUCCUCGCCGCUGCUGCAGAGCGCUCUCAAUCUGACCAACCACGCCCAGGCCGCGCCCGCCGCGAACUACACGAACAGCCUGUGUGUGCACAGACAUUCCAUAUCCUCGGCCAGCUCGCACGGCGGCGUCACCGGUGGCCUCCAGAUGCAGAUCGAUCAUCGGGCGCCGCGCAGCUCGCCGAGCUGUCUGCGCCGGGACUCGGCCGCCAAGGUGCUGCUGCCCACGAUCUCGGACGAUGGCUCCGACGUGGAUGUGGAGAGUAACCAUGGCGGCAUGCCACUGAUGAGCGUGCCCGAGCAGUCGCUGGCCGAUCGCAACCAGAACAUCCUGCUGACACUGCAAACAGCCAGCGGGGAGAUCAAGCGCAACUACUCGGCCAGGCAGCUGCCCCUGCUGGGCACGUCGUCGCAGGAUCUGCGCGAGCUGCAGCGCGUGCAGGGCAUUCGGCAGGUGCACAGCUCACCCAAUCUGCACAAGUACACGGAGUUGCCACAGGAUCUGCUGAGCGAGGAGUGCAGCUCGCCUCACCUGCUGCACGCCCAUCGCCAGCAGGAGCAGCCGCAGCUACAGCAACACCUGCAGCAGCAGCAGCAGCAGCCAUUGCCGCCACAGCAGCAUCAUCAGCAGCAGCACACUCACUUCAGCACUGCGCGCCAACAGGCGGCAGGAGGAGGACAUGCGCUGCAAAUUCCCGCCAUUCACGCCUCGCCGAAGGCCCUCAGCUACAUGAGCUCGCUGCGUCAUCGUCUGAGCAACGCCAGCUCCCUGUUCAAGUAUCGGGAGGAGUCGCGCGCCGCACGCAUCAGCAUCCUGGUCGUGGUCAUGUUCGUGGUCUCCUACCUGCCCUAUGGCCUGCUGGUGCUGCUGCAGUCGCGCCUCUCCGCCGCGAACUUCACCGGCUCCACUCAGCUGGCCAUCUUCAUGAUCCUGCUGGCCAAUCUCAGCUCGCCCUUCAUCUUCGCCUACCGCAACAAGCGCGUGCGACGCGGCGUCAAGCGCCUCUUCGGCCUGGACUCGGCCAGCGCACUGCAGCGUCAUCCCAGCAGCAGCAUGAAGACCAACGGCAACAGCACAACGGCCGCCAGUGCACCCCAGUUGCAGCGCAACAGCAGCAAGUUGUCGCAGUACAGCAGCAACAGCUGCAGGUAUCUGACGCCGCAGAGCUCGCUGGCCAGCCAGUGCCAGACGGCGACGCCAGUGCAUACGACGCUGACGCUUCGCCCGAACAGCAGCUGCAGCACCAUCAUCAAUUUCGGCGGCCACAACAACAACAAGGGCUCCGCGGACUCGGAUGAGGUGCCCUCGCUGGAGGCAACGCCGCCACCGGCCCAGCGCCAGGCCCGGCCCAAGCUGCAGCGCGGCAUCACGAUCGUGGAGCACAUUCAUAUAGCCAGCUCGCCGACCAAGUUCCAGUCGAGACGCAAUCUGCUCGACAUGUUCUUUCGGGGAUCCAGGAAGCUGCAGUCGGACUGCGCGCAGUCGAUGCCCACGGAGGUCUAGAUAAACUAGCUCUAAGUAACUACUAAACUAGUAAACAUUGAUUUGCUUGCUGAAGGAUUCGCAGAACAGUAUUCGUAGCUCAUAAGUUUAGCAACACUAAGCCAAAAACAACAAAAACAACACAAAGAAACACAAAUAUUAAUAUUAUGCUCUGCUAGAAGCUUCUCAUGCCAAAAACCUAAAAGAAAAUACUAAAAAAUUUCACACAAAUAUUGAAUAUGCAUGUGCUUGUCAAACUGUGAAAAGCAAAGGCAGACAUCAGCUAUAAGUACCUUGUAAAACAUUUAUCCAGCUAGAUAACAACUUAAAAUACAAAGAUCGCAACAACUGUGUACAAGUCUCAAAAAAAAAAGCAAAAACAAAAACAAAAAAAAAAAAAAAAGAAUACAAAAUUUUAAAACAGUUUUUAACAAAUUAAGUAAAUAGCUUAAAUGUUAUAUCAAAACGGGAAUCAAGCAGCCAAUUUCGAGUACCUAACAAAAGAACAGCUAAACAUAUGAAUAUAGUAUAUAUGCAUAUAUAUGUAUAUACACUUGAAGAAAAAACACAGCUACACUUUUUAAGUCAAUUGCUAAAGACUCUCACACAAACCACAAGAAACGACACUUAUUUAUUUAUUAUUAUUUAAUUUGGUAAAUAUUUAUUAAUUAAAAACAAGCUUUAAAAAAAAAAAAAAAAAAAAAAAAAAAACAAAACAUACAAAAAUAAAACACAAAACAUUCUGUCUAAAACCCAACGCUAAGCAUUCAAUUCAUAAGCUAAGUAAAUGUGCAUAGCAUAUAUAUAAUAUAUAAUUGAAUAUUUAUAUAUAUAUUAUAUUGUAUUAAUAUCUACUAUAGAUUUAUAUGUAUACUAUAGAGCCUGGCACUUAGUGCUUUAUAUAUAUAUACAUAUUUAAUUUCUAGACAUUGCAAGCGGCAGUUUUCAUAUUGAAAACUCGUUUCUGUUCUGUGCAAUGUCUUUUUCUUCUUAUGUUAGCUGUCAGACCUAAAUUUUUGUAUUUAAUUCAUAAAUUGUUUUUGAUUAUUGUCCAUUAAAGUCAAUUUGCUUUUUAGUACUUCAGUCAUUGCGUGCAGCUAAAUACCUCAUUAGUUUUAAUUUCAAAGAAGAGUUAUAAAAAAAAUUAUAUAUAUAUAUAUAUAUAUAUAUAUAUAUGUAUUGUAUUUGCCGCCUCAGAUCGAAAGCUUUAUAUUGUCUAAGUUCAAUUCAAUAAUAUAAUUUCAUUUUUUGUCGCCAUUUGACUUGCUUACAACUAGCAACGCCUUUUGUAACUUAAAGAUACAAAACACACAGACACACACAUACGCACAUACACACACAAAGAAUACAAAACCUCGAAUUUAUAUUUCUAAAAAUUUACAUGAAACCAAAAUAAAGAUAUAUUUAUAUGUAAUAUUAUAUAAAAUUAUAUAUCUAUGUCUUGUGCAUGUUCUGUGUGUGUAGACAUAUAAAAAAAAUGAAAGAAACAGUUCCCAGACAUUUAAAAACCAAUUAAUGUGAUGCAAGGUAUAGAACGGGAGAGAGAGAGA